UACUGUUUGUCUGUUUGCCUUGCAGGCAUCAUCCCUGAAGGGGGCUCCUUCAUUCCAGAGCCCCUGAAGUCUGCUCACAUCCACCAUGAACACCUCUCACCUCCUGGCCUCGCUGCUCUCAGGAUCCCCGCAGGGUGAAAACAGGAGCAAGCCAAGGGGCAUCCUGUACAGCCUCUCUGACCACUGCCAGGAUUCUGUGGACCUGCUGGUCUUCAUCGUCACUUCCUACAGCAUCGAGACCAUCUUGGGGGUCCUGGGCAACCUCUGCCUGAUCUGCGUGACCAUGAGGCAGAAGGAGAAGACCAAUGUGACCAACCUGCUCAUCGCCAACUUGGCCUUCUCCGACUUCCUCAUGUGCCUCAUCUGCCAGCCGCUCACCGCCAUCUACACCAUCAUGGACUACUGGAUCUUCGGUGAGGCCCUUUGCAAGAUGUCGGCCUUCAUCCAGUGCAUGUCGGUGACGGUCUCCAUCCUCUCUCUCGUCCUUGUGGCCCUGGAAAGGCAUCAGCUCAUCAUCAACCCAACAGGCUGGAAGCCCAGCAUCCUGCAGGCCUACCUGGGGAUUGUGCUCACCUGGUUCAUCGCCUGCACCCUCUCCCUGCCCUUCCUGGCCAACAGCGUCCUGGAGAACGUCUUCCACAGGAACCACUCCAAGGCUCUGGAGUUUCUGGCGGAUAAAGUGGUCUGUACCGAGUCCUGGCCCUUGGGCCACCACCGCGUUGUCUACACCACCUUCCUGCUACUUUUCCAGUACUGCAUCCCGCUGGCCUUCAUCCUGGUCUGCUACGUGCGCAUCUACCGGCGCCUGCAGAAGCAGGGGCGCGUGUUCCGCAAGGGCGCCUACAGCUCACGCGCGGGGCAGAUGAAGCGGGUCAACGGAGUGCUUGUGGCAAUGGUGGCUGCCUUCGCAGUGCUCUGGCUGCCCUUGCACGUGUUCAACAGCUUGGAGGACUGGCACCCCGAGGCCAUCCCUGUCUGCCAUGGCAACCUCAUCUUCUUGGUGUGCCACCUGCUCGCCAUGGCCUCCACCUGCGUCAACCCUUUCAUCUAUGGCUUUCUCAACACCAAUUUCAAGAAGGAGGUCAAGGCCCUGGUGCUGACUUGCCAGCAGAGCCCCCCCAUGGAAGAGUCCGAGCAUGUGCCCCUGUCCACAGUGCACACGGAAGUCUCCAAAGGGUCUCUGAGGCUAAGUGGCAGGUCCAACCCCAUUUAGCCAGGUCUAGGGCUUCUCCCUGUCAUGUUCCUUGCCAGCCUCUUUCACUUAAAUAAGUGGGCACGUUGCAAGCUGGGGGUGGCACCCCUCUGUCAUUACUGGCUUUCUGGGGCCAGAUAGGCUGGCAAGAGCCCGUUUUGCAUCUAUUUGCAUUGAGAGGCCUAACAUUCAGCUACGUGUUCCUGGGAGGAUUCUGAGUUUAGAUUCUGCAGGUCACAGUGAGCCUUGCAGCUUGAGUUGCAAGAUGCCAGAGCCGGAGAUAUCUGCUGGUAACAGUCAGGGUUCACUCUGGUAACCCAGCAACAGAUGCCUGGCCUGGGAACCCAGGGAUGUCGCUUACACCAGUGAGACCGUGAAGCUGCUGUGCACUGAGGGAAGGAGCACUUGGGAGUCGGAGCUCUAGACCUUGGUCACCCCCUGACUUCUAUGAGAGAUGAUGUGUGUGGAUGAGCUUCAGAAGUGGCUGCAAAGCAGUGGGAUCACUGUUACCUCAUUAGCACAUCCAGCUGAAGAGAACAGAUCCUGGGCUCUUGGGUCGUUGUGCGCCUCUGCAGCAGGAAUUCCAGAAUUCACACCCUCCUCCAUCCUUUUUCUCUCUCACUGCAUCUGCCACCUGAUAUGGAAAUAAGCCUGCAAAUGUCUCUCCUCCAUGAGGUUGUGAGCACCUUGAGGGUGACACUGUAUUGUCAUAGAGCUUGUGUUCUCCAUGCCUAGAGCAGGCCCUGGUGCAGGGGGAGAGCUCCAGAAAAGUUUUCCGUGGUGGAUUGAUGGUAAAGGUGCCAGUCACUGCUGAGUGUUUGGCCAAGAACAGGCACUCUGUGCUGUGAUCUAGCAUGGGAAGGGGUCAGGGCUCAGACUGUUGCACCCACAGUCUCUCACCUGCCUGUCCUUGCCUCCCAGGGCCUCUUGACAAGGCAGCUGGACAGAGACUCUGUGGCCCUCUCCACUGUGGACCCACCACAAAGGCCUCUAGAACUCAAGACCAUGACUACAUCCUCCUUUAUUCCAUGCUCUGACCACUGAGCUAACUUGCCCUGGGUCAUGUGCCACAAUUCUUCCAAAGCUUCCCCAGGACAUUGGGUAUCCCAGUGGCCUUCAGUAGGAGCAGGGGCAGGGAGUCCUAGGAGUCAGACUUAAUGGGGCACUGGCUGAAAGGAGCAGGGGUCCCCCUUCCUCCAGCCAUCCAGGGAGAAUGGAGAAGGGGCUCCAGGGAGUGUGAAUAUCUCACCUUAGAGUUCAUGGCCCAGUUCCCUGGAUGCUGAACCAGGUCCAAGGCUUCAUCUGCAGGUGAACCAGACAGUCUAUCCUUGCAGGGAAGGAAGUGUCAAGAUUGCUCCUCAGCUGCCUUGGAUGGGAUGUCUCAGGUGGGCUCUGUCUGUUCAGACCCACUGUCCAGCGGAGUGCACCGUGGCCGCAGCGUGGUCUCCCAGGGCAGCGUAUUCAAACGCCAGGGCCCUUGAGGAGCCUCACCCUGAGGCAGCCUUGGCUCUACACAGGGCAUCUGGCAAAGGGUCAGCCAGAGGUUGAACAGCGACAUCUGACUGUCUCUCUCGUCCUCGCUCCUGACCAAGAACCUGUGCAGCCAACACCCAAGACAAGUGCUCUUUGAGCCACCAGCUCCCUUCCUGGAGCUGUUUCUCUUGUUCCUGCUUUUGGUCACAUCUCCCAUUCAGUUCCUUUGUUCACUUUUACCCUGGAUUUUUGGGCAGAUUUCUUGAGCCACUCUCUGGGACACAGCUUGUGCUUGUCCUCUGGUGCCAUCUGCUGCUGGCUGCUCCAGGUGAGCACCUGCCAACAAAGCCUCUACUGUGGGACCCAUCCCAGCAAGAUGUCAUUGUCCAGGCUUCCCAAGGAAUUGAGGGCCUUGGGUCCCUACAGAGACCAUGCAAGUGCCUGGAGUUUGCUUCUCACUAUCAAUCUCAAUGGUGCCAAGAUGCUUGGGGACAGGGAUGAUUUAGGGUGCCAGCAAGCCUGAGGAUGGGGGUGAGGCCAGACAUCUGGCAAAGGUGCUUGGCGUUAGGAACUGGGGUUGUAGGUGGAAGCCUCAGUGAGUGUCUUCGAUGCUUCCCUCACGUUGCUUAGGUUGACACAGCCUGCCUGAUGUCUCCGUCCUGCUCCCAGUUCCUAACGACCUUGGGGUUGCUUGGUUACCCAGCACCCUGGGAACUUUCUACCCAAAGUGUGGUCCGAAGACCAGCAGUCCAGCAUCACCUGGAGCUUGUUAGAUGUGCAGAGUCCUUGUUGCCACCCAGACCUAUUGAAUCAGAAUCCACAUUUUAUCAAGAUCUCCAGGUUAAUUGUACACACAUUAAAAUUUGAGAAGCUCUUCUCUAAGAAACAGAUUGCCCUGGAGCCUAGAGUCACUAGGUCAGCAACUGUAGACACCCACUCUGGGGUCUAGAGUGGAGCUUUAGGAAUCUGAGUUCUGGAGACGUGGCUUUAAAAUUGUUAUUGCUGAAAAGGUGCAUUCAGUUUUGGUUGUUUGUCUCAUCUCUGGCUGCAUGUGGUCAUAUUUCUUGUGAAGUCUUUUCAUUUCUUCAAUAAAUGUUUGCCAAAUGCAUAGUUU